GUUAGACUUAUAACUUUAUACUAUCAUCUUCCUCUCUAUAUAUAAUUAUCAAAUCAAACCAACUGAUGAGUCACUAAGGAGUAGCCAUCUUUUUACACUCUCUUUACCAGCAACAUGGGUAUUUUAAGGGCUUUUAAUGGCCAGGCCAAGCAAGAACCAAAACGUGGAGGGAUCAGGGCAACACUUUUUGUCUAUGCCAUGGAAGGGCUGGAGAAUAUGGCAUUCAUCUCAAAUGCCGUCAGCCUGGUAACUUACUUUUAUGGCUACAUGAACUUCAGCCUAACUAAAUCAGCAAACACCCUUACAAAUUUCAUGGGGACUUCAUUUUUAGUAGCACUCUUUGGAGGGCUCAUAUCUGACACCUAUUUGUCAAGGUUCAAGACUUGUGUCCUAUUUGGGUGCAUAGAAUUGUUGGGAUAUGCAGCCUUAACAGUACAAGCUCAUUUCCACCAACUAAGACCACCCCCAUGCCAGGGUCUUGCAAUAAGCCAAACUACUCAAUGUCAGGCCGCUGACAGCGGCCAGGCUGCGAUCCUUUUCACUGGUCUAUACCUCGUUGGAUUUGGCACUAGUGGGGUUAAAGCAGCUUUGCCAUCAUUGGGAGCUGACCAAUUCGAGGAAAGGGAUUCGAAACGAUCAAGCUUUUUCAACUGGUUCUUGCUUAGUUUCACCGUUGGAGCCAUAAUUGGGGUGACUUUCAUCGUGUGGAUAAGCACAAAUCAGGGUUGGGACUGGGCGUUCGGUUUAUGCACGGCAGCUGUUUUGGUUUCCAUUAUGGUUUUAAGCAUGGGAAAGUCACUAUAUCGUAACAAUGUUCCCAAAGGAAGCCCUCUCCUUCGUAUCAUACAGGUAUUUGUGGUGGCUAUCAGAAACCGAAAGCUUCCACAACCAGGGAUAGAAGAUGAAUUACACGAGGUUGCACGUGUGCAUAAUGAAAUUCUUCCCAGAACUGAACAAUUCAGAUUUUUAGACAGAGCGGCAAUUAAACAUAGCUCCAACAAUGGAUCAACAUCAAUAAACCUUAGACCCUGGAGAAUAUGUACAGUAACACAAGUUGAAGAAACAAAGAUCAUCAUUCGGAUGCUUCCAAUUAUACUUAGUACUGUUUUUAUGAAUACAUGUUUAGCUCAACUCCAAACUUUUACCGUCCAACAAAGCACAACCAUGAAUACUCAUGUCCUUGGUAUCAAAAUGCCUGGUUCCUCCAUCCCGGUUAUUCCCCUAGUGUUCAUGUUCAUUUUUAUCCCCAUAUAUGACUGUGUUUUCGUACCUAUUGCUCGCAAAAUAACUGGAAUCCCAACCGGAAUCCGGUACCUUCAAAGGAUCGGAGUUGGGUUGGUUUUGUCAGCCAUUUCCAUGGCGGUUGCCGGAAUUGUCGAAACGAGACGCAAAUCCGUGGCUCGUGAGCAUGGCAUGGUGGAUUCUCUUCAGCCUCUUCCAAUGAAUGUGCUUUGGCUUGGAUACCAAUAUUCAAUAUUUGGGUUGGCUGAUAUGUUCACAUUUGUGGGCCUCAUACAAUUCUUCUACGAAGAGAGCUCGGCAGGGAUGAAAUCAUUGGGCACGGCCAUUUCGUGGUGCUCAUCGGCUUUUGGUUACUACUUGAGCUCGGUGGUGGUAGAUGUGGUGAAUAAGGUGAGUGGGGGAUGGUUGGAUAAUAACAAUCUGAACAGAGACAAACUCGACUAUUUUUACUGGUUAUUGGCAGGGAUGAGUGUGGUGAAUUUUGGUGUGUAUUUGGUUUGCGCGUCAUGGUAUAGGUAUAAGAAGGUCGAAGUAAUCUACAAAGAAAAAAAUCAUGCUGAGGGAAAGCAAGUUGAGAUGUUAAAUGCAGUUUAGUAGCACCAGCUUAUAGUUGUAUUUUCUACUCUUAUCCACCUGUAUUUUUCUAUUCUCUGUGUACUUUUUACUAUCAAUUUUCGAAGUUUGUGGUUGCCCUUUCUUAUUAUGCCAUUUUUAAUAUUUAAACCUA